GGUGCGGAACCUUUGUUGACCCUUUCGCUUCAUGUCUUCGGACUGGUUCAAGAGGCGCUUCUUGAGCGCGGCGAGCCGAGGGAAAGGCGCUCCUCAGCAGCAGCUGCAGCAGCAGCCAACGGAGGAAGGAGAGAUACGGCCACAGCCGCAGCUCCCCCGGUUGCCGUACCGGCGGCCCAAACUCCUGCGCGGCGCUGCCUCGGCUGGGGAGAGACAGCCCGGCAAGCGCCCCAUCGCCUGCCCGCCACGAGACAAGCCCCUCCAGUGGAACGCGGGCUAUGCAGAAACCAUCAACGCAGAAAAAUCAGAAUUCAAUGAAGACCAAGCAACGUGCUGUCAUAUCUCUAUUAGGAAGAGGGAACAUGGCAAAGAAGAGGACCAGGAGUGGCUGAUUCUGUGCACUACUGAGUAUCUGACUGGCCACUACUGGGCACUGUUUGAUGGUCAUGGUGGACCAGAAGCAUCUAUCUUGGCCUCCAACUACUUGCACUGUUGCAUCAAGCAGAAAUUGGAGGAUGUGGUGGAAGGCAUCACUCAAGACCGUCCCCCGAUGCACCUCAAUGGGCAGUGCGUUUGCCAAAGUGACCCACAGUUCGUGGAAGAAAAACAAAUUCGGCAGGAGGAUGUGGUAAUUGGAGCCCUGGAGAAGGCCUUCCAGGAAUGUGAUGAUGUAAUUGGUCAGGAGAUGGAAGCUACUGGCCAAUCAGGAGGUUGUACUGCACUAGCUGCACUUUACUUGCAGGGAAAGCUCUAUGUGGCAAACGCAGGUGACAGCAGGGCACUCCUUGUUCGAAAACAAAGCAUUGUCCCCCUGAGUACUGAAUUCACUCCAGAAACAGAGAGGCAGAGAAUCCAACAUCUGGCUUUCGUGUACCCAGAGCUUCUGGCAGAUGAAUUCAUACGGUUUGAGUUUCCAAGGAGAUUGAGAGGAGAUGAUGUGGGCCAGAAGGUCCUUUAUCGAGAUUACUCAAUGGAAGGCUGGGGAUACAAGACGGUAGCAAAAGAUGACCUCAAGUAUCCUCUUAUCCAUGGACAUGGAAAACAGGCUCGCUUGCUAGGCACUCUGGCCGUUUCACGAGGCCUGGGAGAUCAUCGGUUGAGAGUUAUUGAAACAGAUGUUGAAGUCAAGCCUUUCCUGUCCUGCAUUCCAAAGGUUGAAGUAUUAGACUUUGCCAAACUAAACGUCAAGGAAGGCGAUGUCCUCAUCAUGGCAACUGAUGGCCUUUGGGAUGUUAUGUCCAAUGACGAUGUGGCUCAUAUUGUCAGGAAUUUUGUCCAGGAGAACACAUCUGACCCAUACAGGUUUACAGAACUAGCCAAGUGCCUGGUGCAGAAAGCAAGGGGAAAGGAGGAUGGAUACUACUGGACUAUGGGCAGUAACAGGCCUGCUUCUUAUGAUGACAUUUCUGUGUUUGCAAUUCCACUGUACAACAAUGGAAUUGCAAACACAGUCCUGAACACCCCAUGACUACUGAGCAAGUGAUGAUUGUCAUUUGGGUAUUAUUGCCAUUAGUGACACCAUAUCCUAGCCAACAGCUGCUGUG